AUCUCUCAAUGAACACAUUCUUCGGUGCCGGCGAUGAUAAACGACGAAGGAUCAACCUUGGAGGCACCUCGUCAGCCACCUCCCAUACGUCUAUCAUCGACCAGGCCAAGGCUCGUAGGCUCGAACGCGAAGCACACAAACGGCGGACGGAUGCGGCGGUGAAGGUGCAGAGUCUAUGGCGUGGUGUUAGCACGAGGGAAGCGAUAUGCAAAGAUCUGAAGGGAGAACUGGAUGUAGGGCGUAUGAUGAACGUAGAUGAUCUUCCGCAGGCUGAACGAGAUGCAAGAUCAUUAAGAAAUCUACGGAUCACUGUCCUUCUCGGCGACGACGAGACGCUCGAUGCCUGGGCGGCUUCCCUCCCAGAUGAAGCGGCUAUUUUGGAACCGUUGCGGAAGAGUGAGCGAGAGCACUGGGCAGUGCUACUACGCCGUGCAACUGUUUUACUACUGCGAUCCGUCGCGGCCUCACCCAGGUCGGCGUCAGCGCUUGAUAAGAUCAAAGUCAUCAACGCGUUGGUUUCUCCCGAGGCAUGCUCGCGCGUUCUGGGAGACCAGGGGAGGGAAUUCUGUCAGAAUGUCAUCGCCUACGUUCUGCAACGCGGAUUAUAUGAGCUUUUGGGACGAGCAAUCAGCAAUAUCCCCCUCCAGGCCAAGAACACGCCAUCUCUUCCGUCGUUGGUCUCGUUGGCGACCGCGCCAUUUUCGUCCUUCGCUAUCGGCACUGCGGAGCAUUCCCGUGCUACGUUGGACCUGAUCAUGCGCAUCCUCACAAUCCCGCUCUUACCAAAUAGACUUCCUAUCGCAAGCCUCACUGUAUUUUCCGCUCGUCUCCCAUUCUCUGCCCUUCAUGCUGUGAACCCCGCGGGCGACUCCUCGGUGCAAAGCCUACCUUUCGAACCACGCGCGCACUUGCUGGCGAAUCUCCAAACAUUCACUCCGCCUCGGUAUGCCAAGAUCAGUCCACCCGCUUUUCAGGCAUAUCUGGCGCUCCUUGCUACUCUCCUUUCUGGCGUACCUCCCGGUAGCCUAUCUGCCAGAGUUCCUUCAUCCGCGGGUGAUCGUUCCCGACCGUUCAACGAGAACGAGAGCUCAGACUCUGAAGACGAAGCUAUUCGGGUCGAGGCCGUUUCUUCGUUUACUCCGGCGCGCCCACCUCGUUCUAUUCUCCCCGAGUUGGACGGCAAGACCGUCGCCCGUCUCUCCACCCUCGCGUCUCCCGCUCAUAUCACUUCGUUGCUGAGCGCACCUGCUGCUUCGUCAGCGGGCUCACGCCAACACAUGUUUUCGGUAUUCUUGGGUCUCUUCAACACCUUCGUCGGGGAACGGGACAAGAUAGCCAGCUGCUUAAUGGCUCAUGCGCAAGGCGGCCUGAUACGUGAACUGUACAGAGGCUACGUCAGAAUGAGCUCUUUAGGCAAGGACGGACAAGAGGACGCCUUGCUCGAUGACAAUACCGCAGGUGAAUGGGUGCCGCUGCUCCUGCUCGUGGAGGUGUACCAGCGGGCCCUCCUGACUAUGGGUGACGACGAGUUUUUUGCGAGCGCUCGAGCAAACACAGGAGUAUCGAGGGCUGCUGGCGCAGGAAAUCCGUUGACGCUGGAUGAGUUGACGGGAUGGUCCCGCCAGCUGUUGAUUAUCGCGUUCCACCUCUACUGGAGGCAAGACGCCUUCCAUCUUGCCGAAGAGAGCGGCCGCUCUAGGGGGAGAGCUGGUCUGAGUUGGGAGCAGAUACGCGACUCCGUGACGCGGUGUCUUGUGGCGAUUCACGCGAAAGACUCGCGCCGCCAAUUUACUCCCCCUGGUCACUGGAUCAUCAUACCGGACCAGGAUGUCCGGUCCUUUGUCGAAGCUGCCCUUCUCGACGUCCAGAACCUAGACUCCGAGACGUCUGCAGAAUUGGAGCGUUCUUCUCGUUUCUCUAAUCCCCGCACUCGCAAUGCCCGGUUGGCCGCUCAAAACCUUCGGAAAGCUACCAUGUUGUUCCCUAGGCUUGGCAUACUGAACAACAUACCAUUUGCCAUCCCGUUCGAUACUCGUGUCUCGAUUUUCCGGAACUUCGUCCUCCAGGACAUGCGAGAGUACAACUCGAGGGCACGUGCGUCGACACAUGACGGGUGGGAGCACGUUAGAAUCCAACAGAGGCUAGCUCGCGAUGUCUUGUCGGGCGCUGGAAGCGAUGACGAAGACGAGGAAGGUUUCCACACGCCGACGACGGUGCCGGCUCCGCAGUCAGGACAACGUAGAGUGGAAAUCAGCAGGAGUGGGCGCCAGCGCGCUGUUGUUCGGCGAGGGCAAGUGGCGAAAGAUGGGUUCGAUAGGCUCUAUGACGCCGACCUCAAGCUACCGAUUGAGAUUACUUUUAUCGACCAAUUCGGUCAAGAAGAGGCCGGUAUCGAUGGCGGCGGCGUCUUCAAGGAGUUCUUCACGUCACUUUGCAAAGAGGUUUUUGAUACCGACCGCGGCCUUUGGCUCGUUAACAAGGACAAUGAACUGUAUCCAAAUCCACACUCUUACGCUACGGAAUCUCACAGUCUCAAUUGGUACCGAUUCAUCGGCCGAAUUCUGGGGAAAGCAAUGUACGAUGGGAUCCUUGUAGAUGUUGCCUUUGCGCCGUUCUUCCUUGCCAAGUGGUUAGGAAAGCAAAGCUUCUUGGACGAUCUUGCAUCGCUUGAUCCCGAACUGUAUAAUGGCUUGAUCUUUCUCAAGAACUCCACCGAGAACCCCGAAGAGCUGUCCUUGAAUUUCACAGUGGCCGUUGAAGAGUUUGGUGUCAUGAAAACGUUGGACCUGAUCCCGAACGGUUCCAAUGUGCCGGUCACUCGCGAAAAUAAGCUGCAGUACAUAUACCUGGUCUCCAACUACCGCCUCAACAGACAGAUCAAGCGGCAAUCAGAAGCGUUCUUCGAAGGACUGUCGGAGAUGAUCGAUCCGAAAUGGCUGAGAAUGUUCAAUCAACAAGAAGUGCAGAUCCUCAUCAGCGGCGUCAACUCUCCGAUAGACAUAGACGAUCUCCGGAACCAUACCGUUUACGGCGGUCUCUACGAUGCCGGACACGAGACCAUCCAACUGUUUUGGAAGGUCGUUCACUCGUUGGAUCACAAUCAACGCCGAGACCUACUUCGUUUCGUUACGAGCUGCAGUCGUCCGCCGUUACUUGGAUUCAAGGAGCUACGGCCUAAUUUCGCGAUACGUGAUGCGGGGGGCGAUGAGGCGCGUUUGCCCACUGCGAGCACAUGCGUUAAUUUGUUGAAGCUACCUCGGUACAAGACGGAGGCGAUACUAAGAGUAAAAUUGCUGCAGGCGAUCAAUGCGAACGCGGGAUUCGACCUCUCUUAACUUCAUGCACUGUCGCGUGGCAGUCCUGGCUCUGAUUACUGUACAUUUUACAUCUCAACG